ACGCUGUGCCUUUAUAAUAAAUACUCACGUUUUUAUCGAGAUUCGACAUGACGAAAGAAGAUUUAUAUUCCCAGAACAAGUCACUCAGAUAAUCAGUUCGCAAUAAUGCUAUGGAAAUGUCAAAUAGGACUUGGUAUGCACCGGAUAAACUUUCAAACGGAUAUACUGGGCAGUUACUGAAAACAUCGGAUUUCGUUGCGGAAAUUCCAAAAAUGUGUUUAUUUCAUUUAGUAGAGGUCAAUUGCGUCACUUGUUAAUAUGGACAUAUUGACUUAAAUGUUGUAUAUAAGCGAUCAUUGCUUUUAUUGUUCUUAAUGCGAGAUAUUGUUUUAUUGUCAUACAUCCUGUUGUACCGUAAUUGACAAAUACCAGUAAGCGGUCUUCAACAGAAUUUCGGUGUUCUUUGAAGUUGUGAUUGUUUAAAUCAUAACUUAUUUUAAAAUCACAAGGCGAAUUUUAGGAGAGAUAAUAAAGUGAUAUUAACGGAAACCUAAAUUUAGAACAUUUCAAAUACCGCGGGUUUUCCGGUUACCAUGGUAACGAUAUGCAAGAUCGGGCUGCAGUUGGGGCUUGCAGUGACGUUGGUCGUCCUGUCACUGAUUGUACUUUUGGUUAGUUUGGUGGCGCCUUACUGGAACCAGUCUCCGGAAGGGGAACACUGGGGUCUAUGGCAGCGCUGUGUGCCGGAAACUGGGUGUGAAGCGAUAGAUGGCGAGCCUAUGUCAGGUGUCAUGCAGCUCGGCCGCGUGUGUGUGAUGCUGUGUGUGGUGGGGCUUAUCACCGUGCUGUCCCUGCUCGCCGUCUACGUCUGCUGCCGGAGGGAUGUGCGCAUCAUCAGUGCCAGCAUCGCUCUCUGCUUCCUCUCCAUGUGCCUCACCCUUCUCAGCGCUUUCCUGUGGGGAAGCGCCGGCAACACGUCGCUCUCAUGGUGUUACUUUCUGUGCUACCUGUGUGGUCUAGGAGCGGCAGGCGCCGGAGGAGUUCUUAUCUACGUCCGGAGGAUGGAGACGUUCAAACAGAUGGAGAACGGGGGAAGCGUCGUCUGAGACUGCAGUAGCGCAUGCACAAUAAACGAACGGGCGUCUUUCGUUAAGACCCUAGGUUGGAGUUCUAUAGGUGUACAGGUUUAAAACGCACGUUGAGCUGGAAUAACGGCUUUAAACCGUUGCCCCGAGAGAAAAAACUGCGACGUUUGUAUUUGUUACCAUUGUUGAAUUAACACAGUUUAUGAAAUUAUUAAUUAUUAUGUAUCAAAGAAAUACUUAUGGCGGGGUGAGUUGUGAAUGCAACUUUUGGUAUCCGAACAGUUGAUUGUGACCUCAGUUUACUUGCCUUGUCUCCUUUCAAGUGGAGUCAUGGGGUGGCGGUAAAAUCAUUUUACGUGAUUAUCUCAUAUUGCUGUGAAAGUCACAUUUGUCAUGUGAAAUCCGCGUUUUUGUAUGAGAAUAUACAUGUUUUGUGAAUUGUUAAUUAUGUCAGAAGAAUUGUAAAUUUCUGCAAUAUAUGGUCGCGUGUGCGUGUGCGUUCGCGGGUGCGUGUGUGUGUGUGUGUGCAUUUUAUUUAGUAAGUACACGUGUAUGUUGUUGUGCCAUUAUAAUGUUUCUAAUAAAUAUAAUACUUGCA